GUGAAGCUGCUUUCUGAAGGACUGAAGAGUCCAAACUGUCUGCUGGAGAUAUUGAGAUUGUCUGGCUGUAUGGUGACAGAGGAAGGCUGUGGUCAUGUGUCUUCAACGCUGACUUCAAACCCCUCACUGAGAGAGCUGGAUCUGAGCUACAAUCACCCAGGAGAUUCAGGAGUCAAGAUACUCUCUGAUACGCUUAAGCAUCCAAACUGUAGACUGGACAAACUCAAUGUGGAUCAUGGAGGAGCAUCCAGGAUUACAGCUGGCCUUAACAAAUAUGCCUGUUUUCUCACACUGGAUUCAAACACAGCACACACUCAUCUCAUUCUGUCUGAGGAGAACAGAGAGGUGACAAACAAAUAUGUGGAUCAGUCGUAUACCCGUCAUCCAGACAGAUUUAAUUUUUGGCCUCAGCUGUUGUGUAAAGAGAGUGUGUGUGGACGCUGUUACUGGGAGAUUGAGUGGAGUGGACAUGUGUGUAUAUCAGUGUCAUAUAAGAGCAUCAGAAGGAAGGGAGACAGAGUUGAGUGUUUGUUUGGAUAUAAUGAUCAUUCCUGGAGUUUGUCCUGCUCUCAAUCCAGUUACUCAUUCACACACAAUAACAGAGAGACUCAUCUCCCUGUGAAGCCCAUCAUCAGUAGAACAGGAGUGUAUAAUGAUAAUGGUAGAAUAGGAGUAUUUGUGGAUCACAGUGCAGGUACUCUGUCCUUCUACAGCGUCUCUGACACAAUGCGCCUUAUCCACACAGUCCAGACCACAUUCACUCAGCCGCUCUAUCAUGGGUUUUUUGUUUGGUCUGGAUCAGUGAAACUGUGUUGAUGAAUCAGAAUAGACUGAUGAAAGAUUCUACCCAUAAUGUUUUGAAAUGCAUGAUAAAUCAGUAACAAAGAGAUGUUAUAGAGGCUCUUCAUUACAGUUAUACUACAGCUGAACUUCUGUCAGUGAAAUAACAGUCAGAAUAAAUGCAUGUAAUAAAUCAUCAUAUAGACAGUAAGAUUAAUAUUUACUAUUAUAUUUACUUCUUUUUAUAUGAAUUUUCAUCAUUUUCAAACUUAAAAUCAGCAAGCUUUUAUUUUGGCGGGUUGCCGGCAAGUAAGUAUAUGCACCUCGGGGGUCUAGUUAUGAAUGAAACGCCUUUGUCCAUGCUCACUCUGUCUCAAAUCACGCUCACAGAAUGCGCUUGAAAAACAGUGUCUCUUUUGCGGCUCGGAAUGCUUUCAACUCGUUUUUUUUCAUAUAGUCUUCACGUUACAUGAUUUGACUAAUUUUUACAUAGAGAGGAUGACAGCGCACCGCAUUAAAAUAAAUAAACAUUCAUAUUUUCAUAACCGCUCGUCAAAUUCAAAAACAAAACUAAAAUUAAAUAAUCUUUGAGAGCAAGGGGGCCCCCUGGUGUUUCGGGGGCCCUUUGCAGCUUGCGUACUUUGCGUAUAGGAAAAUGACUUUAUAAAGGUAAAAAUGGCCAUAAAAUGUAAAAAUCAAUUUAAACUUAUUUAAAGGUAUAUUGAAAUUAUUUUCUCACUUCUAAAGAAUUGGCCAUGGAAAGUUCUGUAUAUAUUAGGUUAUGUUUUAACCUUGAUCCAUCCUGUGUACUUGUACUGAGCUGUAUGUACUAUGUAGCUAUAAAGCUCUACGCUAUGGCACACUGAAUUAAAGUGUUUACUACAGUAAGUGACAUGAAAUGUUGCAUUUUACAUUGUUGUUAAAACUGAGUUGUUGCAUAGCUGAAAUAAUUAAAAUAUUUUAAAUGUGAAAUAUUUUAUAAAUAGUCAGUGAAACAUUCUUCAAUAUUUAUUAAACUUUUUUUAAACAUUU